GUGGCACCGACUCCAUGUUGAGCCGCUACGUCAUCAUCUCGGGAGCUCGCUCGCUCGAGCCGUGAGCGCGCUGUCACCGAGUCUCUGAGGAGACGCUAAAUCAAGGCUUCAGAUUCCAGAGGGUGCUAUGGCGACCUUCCAGGAGUUCAUCCAGCAGAACGAGGACCGCGACGGCGUCCGUUUCAGUUGGAACGUAUGGCCGUCCAGUCGUCUGGAAGCCACGCGAAUGGUGGUUCCUGUGGCCUCCCUCUUCACCCCGCUGAAGGAGCGCCCGGAUCUUCCCCCGAUUCAGUACGAGCCGGUGCUGUGCAGCCGGGCCACGUGCCGAGCUGUGCUCAAUCCUCUGUGUCAAGUGGAUUACAGAGCAAAACUCUGGGCUUGCAACUUCUGCUAUCAGAGAAAUCAGUUCCCACCAACCUACGCUGGGAUAUCCGAGGUCAACCAACCUGCUGAGCUUCUUCCACAGUUCUCCACUAUUGAAUAUGUUGUCCAGCGUGGUCCUCAGAUGCCCCUGAACUUCCUGUAUGUGGUGGACACAUGCAUGGAAGAUGAUGAUCUGCAGGCUCUGAAGGAGUCGCUUCAGAUGUCCCUCAGCCUGUUGCCUCCCACCGCUCUGGUGGGCCUCAUUACGUUUGGACGCAUGGUCCAGGUUCACGAGCUGGGCUGUGAAGGCAUCUCUAAGAGCUAUGUCUUCAGGGGCACCAAAGAUCUCAGCGCUAAACAGCUUCAGGAGAUGCUUGGGUUAACUAAACCCGCUGCGGCACAGGCAGGGCGAGGGCCACAACAGCCUCAGGCUCCUCCUUCGAACAGGUUUCUGCAGCCAGUACAGAAGAUAGAUAUGAAUCUGACAGAUUUGCUGGGAGAGCUGCAGAGAGACCCCUGGCCUGUGACUCAAGGAAAGCGGCCGCUGAGAUCACUCGGAGUGGCUCUUUCCAUUGCUGUCGGUCUGUUAGAGUGCACUUUCCCUAACACAGGUGCUCGCAUCAUGGCUUUCAUCGGUGGACCUGCCACUCAGGGCCCGGGUAUGGUGGUAGGAGAUGAACUGAAAACGCCUAUUAGAUCCUGGCACGACAUUGAGAAAGACAACGCCAAGUUCAUGAAGAAAGGAACUAAACACUAUGAAGCCUUGGCCAACCGCGCUGCUGCCAAUGGACACAUCAUUGAUAUUUAUGCAUGCGCUCUGGAUCAGACAGGAUUACUGGAAAUGAAGUGCUGCACCAACUAUACAGGGGGUUACAUGGUCAUGGCGGACUCUUUCAACACAUCCCUAUUCAAGCAAACUUUCCAGAGAGUUUUCACUAAGGACGUGCAGGGCUCCUUUAAAAUGGCAUUAGCAGGGACUCUCGAGAUUAAGACUUCAAGAGAGAUAAAGAUUUCUGGAGCAAUCGGCCCGUGUGUUUCCCUGAAUGCCAAAGGUCCCUGUGUGUCAGAAAAUGAAAUAGGAACUGGCGGCACAAGUCAGUGGAAGAUUUGCGGACUGGAUCCAAACACCACUCUUGCAUUCUACUUUGAGGUCGUAAAUCAGCACAAUGCUCCUAUCCCACAGGGUGGACGUGGAGCCAUACAGUACGUAACGCAGUACCAGCAUUCUAGCGGGCAGAGGCGCAUUAGAGUGACUACAAUUGCAAGAAACUGGGCUGAUGCGCAAACUCAGAUCCAGAGCAUCGCAGCAUCUUUUGACCAGGAGGCCGCUGCCAUCCUCAUGGCCCGCCUGGCCGUCUAUAGGGCCGAGACGGAGGAGGGCCCGGAUGUUCUGCGCUGGCUGGACCGACAGCUCAUCCGCUUGUGCCAGAAAUUUGGAGAUUAUCAUAAAGACGAUCCCAACUCGUUCCGUUUCUCCGAGACGUUCUCGUUGUAUCCUCAGUUUAUGUUCCAUCUGAGGAGGUCUCCUUUCCUGCAAGUGUUCAACAACAGUCCUGAUGAAAGCACCUAUUACAGACACCAGUUCAUGAGACAGGACCUGACCCAGUCUCUGAUAAUGGUACAGCCCAUCCUGUAUGCGUACUCGUUCAACGGACCACCAGAGCCCGUGUUGCUGGACAGCAGCAGUAUCUUGCCUGACCGCAUCCUCCUCAUGGACACCUUCUUCCAGAUUGUGAUUUACCACGGAGAGACGGUGUCUCAGUGGCGUAAAGCCGGGUACCAGGACAUGCCCGAGUAUGAAAACUUCCGCCACCUGCUUCACGCGCCUGUGGAUGAUGCCCAAGAGCUUCUGCACACUCGAUUCCCCAUGCCACGCUACAUUGACACAGAGCACGGCGGCAGUCAGGCUCGUUUCCUCCUCUCCAAAGUGAAUCCUUCUCAGACUCACAACAACAUGUAUGCAUGGGGUCAGGAGUCUGGCGCACCCAUUCUGACAGACGACGUGAGUCUACAGGUGUUUAUGGAUCAUCUGAAAAAGCUGGCAGUGUCCAGCGCUGCCUAAGAGUCUUUUUCUCAGUAACGCAUAACCAGCAGGUUCACAUUGGCGCUGCCCUCAGUUUUCUCCAUUUAUAUCAUGCACGUAUUCAGCCUAGAUCGAGUCGGUCGUGAAGGAAAGUGCCGUUUUUGAAUGAUUAAUUAUGACAAAAAUGGUAAACACUACAUGUUGAGUACACAUCGGGACAAGACAUUUGUCGCCGUUUUAAUCAGAAUAAAUCUAUUUAGCUACGUGAGCUACAUGGUUAAAAAAAAUAGUUUACACAAAAAUUACAAUUUGUUCAUUGUGCACGUGCCCUCGUGCCAUUGCAAACCCAUAUGCUGAUUUAGUUUUUGGAUUUUAAGCAAAAAUAGUCCAUAUGCUUUAUUUCCAAGUCUUCUGAAGCCAUUUAAGCUUUCACCCAUUUCAGUUUUUUUGGCAUCAUUCACCGCCUAGCUCACAUUUCUCUCCAAAAGAGCAAAAGUACUAUUAAAGGUCAUAAAUACCCAUUAUUCAUAAAUAUUCACUGACCUAUGUAAUCAAGUUAAAUUAAAUAAUAAUCCAAUGCUGUUGUUGGUGGCUUCUUAACGCUCUAGACAUGAAUUAUCUUAAAUGUCUUUGUACAAAGCUAUUGUACGGCUUCGGAAAACCUGAAAUGUAGUGCAAAAGUCAUAUUGAUUUAAUGUUAUUGUGCUUUUUCCCUACAGCAAAAAGCACACGAAUACUUCAAAAGCUCUUUGUCAGCAUAUAGGUUUGGAACAACACGAGGGCGAGUGAAUAAUGACUGAAGAUUCAUUCUUGGCCUGAACUAUUUUUGUUUACGCGUACGAAGCUCUAUGAUGAGACUUGCGUUGAACGGAGGGAGGCGACUCGCUGGUUUUAGCACACCUGCAGCAGAUACUUUUGUUUGCCUAGUCGAGGAAGGUGAAAGCGGUGCCAAUGUAGCCAAUUAAGCGUAAGCGCUCGAACGCCGCCUCCAGCCAACGGCGCAGAACAAUGGCUUAUUUUUAGACCCUGUGCGCGUCUCGUCGCCGUUGAUGGUUUGUGUUUCAGCGCAGGGUUGAACGCCCCGUUCCAAACACAGACUUGUAAGCUGCCUUUCUGUCUCUAGCUCUGAUAUUUAUGAGCCAUUUCUAGCAGUAUUGUAUGUUUUGUUUCUAAUAAAAAACGGCUUCGUGAUCCCA